CAUCAUGUCUGCUGCAGCUUGGCUCGCACCAGCGGCGCGACGAUAAACAAGUGCACUGGACGGGGCCCUGAGCUGGAGCAGAUGUCUCAGAGACCCCUGUGAUGCUUACCGUGUUGCCACAUUUUCAGCGCCCGGGAGGGAAGACGCGAUUUUCUCUGAGUAUUUUAGAGCCGCCAGGCUGCCGGGACGCGCCACAGGCGUAGAACAACGCUGCUCCUGUCCCCCCAGGCCCCCUAAAGGAUGUCGGAGAUAGAGAGUUCCAAAUAAUGACGAUCGUGCGCCGCAUCUGGGGAAGGGAUGAGAAAAACCCCUGCAAAUACUGGGAGCGAUGAAACCGCCAAGAGGAUGCGGGAACCAUACAAACACUAAUUAGGGGCCGCGGCGGCGGCGGCGGCGGCGAAGGACUCGGCGAGGGGACAGCGGCGGCGGGAUCCCAGCGCGGUGGUCGCCGCUGCGCGGGGGGUGGAGGACGGCGCAGGAGCCGCAGCCGCCGCGGGAGUAGCCGAGGGGCCGGUGCCACCUUUGCUCGCCCCCUCACUACCAUGUACAGUGUGCGCUGCAAGAAGAAGGCGGGAGAUGCAUGCACACCCCCGCGCCCCGCUCCCUCUGGCUAGUCCCCGGGCGUGCGCCACUGACCAGGGGGGAAUGUGGUGAAGACAGAGAGGAGGAAAGCCGAGGGGGGAGGGGAGGGGCGGCCAGCGCGAACCCAGGCCGAAGGGUACGUGGAGCCGGAGGCUGCUGGAGGGGGCGGCGGCUGCUGCUGGCUUGGAGAAAGUUGCCCCUUAUGCAGAUGGCAACUGAGGUAAAAUGCACACUUGCUGCCCCCCAGUAACUUUGGAACAGGACCUUCACAGAAAAAUGCAUAGCUGGAUGCUGCAGACUCUAGCGUUUGCUCUAACAUCUCUCGUCCUUUCGUGUGCAGAAACCAUCGAUUAUUAUGGGGAAAUCUGUGACAAUGCAUGUCCUUGUGAGGAAAAGGACGGCAUUUUAACUGUGAGCUGUGAAAACCGGGGUAUCAUCAGCCUCUCUGAAAUUAGCCCUCCCCGUUUCCCAAUCUACCACCUCUUGUUGUCUGGAAACCUUCUGAACCGUCUUUAUCCCAAUGAGUUUGUCAAUUACACUGGGGCUUCAAUUUUGCAUCUGGGUAGCAACGUGAUCCAGGACAUUGAGACUGGGGCUUUCCAUGGGCUGCGGGGUUUAAGGAGAUUGCAUCUGAACAAUAAUAAACUGGAACUUCUGCGUGAUGAUACCUUCCUUGGCCUGGAGAGCCUGGAGUACCUACAGGUCGAUUACAAUUACAUCAGUGUCAUUGAACCCAAUGCUUUUGGGAAACUGCAUUUAUUGCAGGUGCUUAUCCUCAAUGACAAUCUCCUGUCCAGUUUACCCAACAACCUUUUCCGUUUUGUGCCCUUAACGCACUUGGACCUGCGAGGGAACCGGCUGAAACUUCUGCCCUAUGUGGGGCUGUUGCAGCACAUGGAUAAAGUUGUGGAAUUACAGCUGGAAGAAAACCCCUGGAAUUGCUCCUGUGAGUUGAUCUCUCUCAAGGAUUGGUUGGACAGCAUCUCCUACUCUGCCCUAGUGGGGGAUGUGGUUUGUGAGACCCCCUUCCGCUUACAUGGCAGAGAUCUGGAUGAGGUGUCCAAGCAGGAACUUUGCCCAAGGAAACUUAUUUCAGAUUAUGAGAUGAGGCCACAGACGCCUUUGAGCACCACGGGGUAUUUACACACUACCCCAGCCUCGGUGAAUUCAGUGGCCACUUCUUCCUCUGCUGUUUACAAACCCCCCUUAAAGCCCCCUAAGGGGACCCGCCAACCCAACAAGCCCAGAGUGCGCCCCACCUCUCGGCAGCCCUCCAAGGACUUGGGCUACGGCAACUAUGGCCCCAGCAUCGCCUACCAGACCAAAUCUCCGGUGCCUUUGGAGUGUCCCACAGCGUGCACUUGCAACCUACAAAUCUCGGAUCUGGGCCUCAACGUCAACUGCCAGGAGCGCAAAAUCGAGAGCAUCGCAGAACUGCAGCCCAAGCCCUACAACCCCAAGAAAAUGUAUCUGACAGAGAAUUACAUUGCGGUUGUGCGCAGGAGUGACUUCCUGGAGGCCACGGGGCUGGACCUCCUACACCUGGGCAACAACCGCAUCUCAAUGAUCCAGGACCGCGCCUUCGGGGAUCUCACCAACCUGAGGCGCCUCUACCUAAAUGGCAACAGGAUAGAGAGGCUGAGCCCAGAGUUGUUCUAUGGCCUGCAAAGCCUGCAGUAUCUCUUCCUCCAGUACAAUCUCAUACGUGAGAUUCAGUCUGGGACUUUCGAUCCGGUCCCAAACCUCCAGCUGCUAUUCCUGAAUAACAACCUCCUGCAGACCAUGCCCUCAGGGGUCUUCUCUGGCCUGACCCUUCUCAGGCUGAACCUAAGGAGUAACCAUUUCACCUCCUUGCCCGUGAGUGGAGUUCUGGACCAGCUGAAGUCACUCAUCCAAAUCGACCUGCAUGACAACCCUUGGGAUUGUACCUGCGACGUGGUGGGCAUGAAGCUGUGGGUCGAGCAGCUCAAAGUGGGUGUCUUGGUGGACGAAGUCAUCUGCAAGGCGCCCAAGAAGUUUGCGGAGACGGAUAUGCGCUCUAUUAAGUCGGAGCUGCUGUGCCCAGACUACUCUGACGUGGUGGUUUCCACGCCCACGCCCUCCUCCAUCCAAGUCCCAGCGAGGACCAGCGCGGUGACCCCCGCGGUCCGGUUGAACAGCACCGGGGCCCCCGCGGGCUUGGGCGCGGGCGGAGGGGCGUCGUCGGUGCCCUUGUCCGUGUUGAUUCUCAGCCUGCUGCUGGUUUUUAUCAUGUCCGUCUUUGUGGCCGCGGGGCUCUUCGUGCUGGUUAUGAAGCGCAGGAAGAAGAACCAGAGCGACCACACCAGCACCAACAAUUCCGACGUGAGCUCCUUCAACAUGCAGUACAGCGUGUACAGCGGCGGCGGCGGCGCGGGAGGCCACCCGCACGCGCACGUGCACCACCGCGGGCCCGCGCUGCCCAAGGUGAAGACGCCCGCGGGCCACGUGUAUGAGUACAUCCCCCACCCACUGGGCCACAUGUGCAAAAACCCCAUCUACCGCUCUCGAGAGGGCAACUCCGUGGAGGAUUACAAAGACCUGCACGAGCUCAAGGUCACCUACAGCAGCAACCACCACCUGCAGCAACAGCCGCCGCCGCCGCCGCCGCCGCCGCCGCAGCCUCAGCAGCAGCCCCCGCCGCAGUUGCAGCUGCAGCAGGGGGAGGAGGAGAGGCGGGAAAGCCACCACUUGCGGAGUCCCGCCUAUAGCGUCAGCACCAUCGAGCCCCGGGAGGACCUACUGUCGCCGGUGCAGGACGCCGACCGCUUUUACAGGGGCAUUUUAGAACCAGACAAACACUGCUCCACCACCCCCGCCGGCAAUAGCCUCCCGGAAUAUCCCAAAUUUCCGUGCAGCCCAGCUGCUUACACUUUCUCCCCCAACUAUGACCUGAGACGCCCCCAUCAGUAUUUGCACCCGGGGGCCGGGGACAGCAGGCUGCGGGAACCGGUGCUCUACAGCCCCCCCAGUGCUGUCUUUGUAGAACCCAACCGGAACGAGUAUCUGGAGUUAAAAGCAAAACUAAACGUUGAGCCGGACUACCUCGAAGUGCUGGAAAAACAGACCACAUUUAGCCAGUUCUAAAAGCAGAGAAACUCCCUGGGAGCUUUUGCAUUUAAAACAAACAAGCAAGCAGACACACACGGUGAACACAUUUGAUUAAUUGUGUUGUUUCAACGUUUAGGGUGAAGUGCCUUGGCACGAGAUUCUCAGCUUCGGCGGAAGAUACUGAAAGGGUGUGCAACUUCCUUUUAAUUUUUACACGUGGGGAAAACAUUUGUGUAAACUGGGCACAUCACUUUCUCUUCUUGCGUGUGGGGGAGGAGAGGAGAAGGGUUUAUGGAGGGCAGUUUGCUGCGCAGGUGACUUGUUAAAGGUCGCAGUUAUUUUUGUAGUGGUUGGAAGUGCUAAGAAGGGUGGAAGAUGGCAGCGCAUAGAUUCUACUUUUCCUCUUUUGUUCCCUUUCCCUCCUCUCCUCCCCCUCCCCUUUAAGCCAUGGGUGGGUCUAAAUGGCUUUUGUGGAGAGAUUAGCACACCCCAACUUUAAUAGAAAGUUUGUUCUCUCUCCCUUUCCCCCCCCCCUCCCAAGUCUCUCUCUCUCUCUCUCUCUGCCUCCCUCCCUCCUCUCUCAUUACUUUUCCUUUCUUUUUAAAGGAUGUGUUUGUAUGCAUUCUGGACAUUUGAAUUAAAAACAAAAGUAUUGUGAUCUGAAAAAGGAUCACCAUAGAUGUGGACAAAUCAUUAAAUUACAGAGCUAUAUGAUCCAUAAUUGAUUAGUCAAAAUAACUUAUUGAUGAAAUAUACAAAUAUUUUAUUGUAGCACCUAUUUUUAUAUACACAUUUAGCAUUUCUCUUUCCUUCACUAUUUAGCCUAUGAUUUUCACAGAGGUGUCGCACUAUAUUAGGAGCUGCAUUUCCAAAACUGAAGUGAUAUCAGGAAGGCAUUUUAAAUCAUUAAACAUAUGGAGAACUUAAUGGGAAAAUCGUAAAAUCAAUGCAACCCACCCAAUUGGAUCUGUAAUUUAAAAACAAAUAAACAAACAAGUCGUAUCCCAAUGGAUAAGAGAAAAAAAAAAUGAGGGCAAUUAAUUGGGCCAUUCGAGUAAGAAUCAUGUGCAAGUUUCUGGUUUUAUUAGAGAAGACUUACAAGUAUUUUUAUUAGUCAACCAAAAUGUUGUAUUGAUUUGACUACUAUUGUAGCCGAUUUUUGAUUGUUUAACCAAACCCAGUUGCAUUUGUACAGAUCCACAUGUUACUGGCACCUCAGAAGACCAAACGAUGGACUGUACAAAUCUCUAUACGUCUUUAACCCUCUGGGGCAGCAAGCAAUGAUGAUAACCACAAACAGGAUCUCUGUAAGAUGGGGCUACUGUUGUUACAGUCUCAUAUGUAUCCCAGCACAUGUAAUUUUUUAAAUAGUUUCUGAAUAAACACUUGAUAACUAUAUCAAA